GGGAGCCAACCAGGGCUGCAUUGGAGAUGGAUGGUGACAGUUCUACAACAGAUGCUUCUCAACUAGGAAUUUCCACAGACUACAUUGGAGGAAGUCAUUAUGUUAUACAGCCUCAUGAUGAUACUGAAGACAGCAUGAAUGAUCAUGAAGACACAAAUGGCUCAAAAGAAAGUUUCAGAGGACAAGAUAUAUAUCUUCCAAUUGCCAAUGUGGCUAGGAUAAUGAAAAACGCCAUACCUCAAACGGGAAAGAUUGCAAAAGAUGCCAAAGAAUGUGUUCAAGAAUGUGUAAGUGAGUUUAUCAGCUUUAUAACAUCUGAAGCAAGUGAAAGAUACCAUCGAGAGAAACAGAAGACAAUCAAUGGAGAGGAUAUUCUCUUUGCUAUGUCUACCCUAGGCUUUGACAGUUAUGUGGAACCUCUGAAAUUAUACCUUCAGAAAUUCAGAGAAGCUAUGAAAGGAGAGAAAGGAAUUGGUGGAGCAGUCACAGCUACAGAUGGAUUAAGUGAAGAGCUUACGGAGAAGGCAUUUACUAACCAGUUACCAGCUGGCUUAAUAACUGCAGAUGGUCAACAACAAAAUGUUAUGGUUUACACAACAUUAUAUCAACAGAUUUCUGGUGUUCAACAAAUUCAGUUUUCAUGAUCUGAAGAAUGAUGGAAUGGGGAAUGUACAGAAGCGAGAGUCUGUAUGAUUA